AGAAGGGAUUGAGGAAAGAGCCAUCUGUCCGAGACCGUUCAGCAUCUCCGUCUCCAAGAAGACGUAAUAAUUCCCGGACAGCCACUGACCGAAAUAAUAAAAGAGAAGACAGACACAGAGACAAGGCUGAGAAGAAUUCAUACCGAUCACCUUCCCGAGAAACAUCUCCCACGUCCAGUCCCGUACCCCGAAAGAGAAGCCGGCGGGACAGUCCAAAGGAGCGCUCUUCAGACGCCAAAGGAGCAGAAGGGUUGAGGAGGAAAGAUUCUCCUCUUCGUCGUCGAUCUCCUGCUACUCAGACACAAUCUUCUAAAGGGUCUAGAAGAGAGAGAAGCCCAUCUCAAGACCAAGCCUCCCCAGAACGAGCACCCCAAGAGAGUUCAUCCAAAUAUGACAAGCGUGUUAGUAAUAAGCGCUCACCACCAGCCCCAAGUAAGACUUCAAAAGCUACACGUUCAUCCCUCCUCCUCCUCCUCCUCCUCCUCCUCUUCCUCCUCCUCAUCAUCGUCUUCAUCAGGAAGUGAAGUGUCUGAUCAUGAGAAGGUCAGAGAUGUGCGAAAGAGUCAGGCUGGUGGCAAGCAAAGUACAAAAAAUUACAAAUCAGAUGCUGGAGAUAAGCAUGGCAAGUCAGUAACACAAACGGAGGACAAAAGGACGAGGCCCUCACCGGUUAGACAGGUGGACCGUGAUAGGAGGUCAAAGAAAAGUGCUUCUCCUAGUCCUCAGAGACCACGCAAACUAAGAUCCCCUCCAGGAAGGAGUUCCACUUCAAAGAGCCCACCAAGGAAAGGUCGAUCAGUAACACCUCAGCGCAAAGCCAGAUCGCCUUCUACCCCUCCUAGACGUAGAAAAUCCAAGAGUCCAAAGCGCAAAGCUCAUUCUCCCUCUAAGUCUCCCCAAAAAGCACGAGUGCCAUCUCCAACGCCCCCCACGUCGUGCCAGAUCAAAAACUCCCCAGCGAAGGCAGAGAUCUAUGUCACAAACACCUCCACGUCACCAGCGUGAUAAAGAGAGGUCUUCCCAUGGUGAUAAACACAAAUCAACUCAGCAGCGAGACAGAUCUGAAACUCCUAAAAAGAGUGAAGGGUCUCGUACCCAUUCAUCCAAAAGAUCACUGUCUAGGUCACCAGUUUCGCCGUGUAAGCCCCAUCACACGCUCUCCUCGGAGAAAGGAAAGGUCACAUUCCCGCUCAUCUGACAGACAGGAAAGAUCACGCACUCGCUCGCCAGUCAAGAGAACAAGAUCCCGCUCUCGGUCUCCAAAGCAGAAGAAACUGACCAAAUCUGAACAAAAAUGGGCAAGGUCUCCUUCUGUGACGUAUCGUGAUAAAGACGGGUCACGAUCAAACUCAAGACAUCAAAGGAGAAGGUCACCUUCUGAUGCUUCUAUAGCUUCUAAGUCACGUAGCCGUAGUCCACAAUUAUAUGGAAAGAAGAAGUCUCGCUCACGAUCUCCUAAGCAACAGUCGUCUUCUAGAAUGACGCAAAAGAGGUUAGCGUCGCCCAGAGAUAAACCCCAGGCCUCCAGGAGAAAAAUCUUCAUCACGUUCAGUGUCUCCAUUCCUGAAAAAGAUUUCAUCAAGGGAUCGAUCCCAGAGGUCUGUAUCUAGAUCCAAAUCAAGAAGAACAAGAUCACCUUCGUCUGAAAAAGGUUCGGCCAGAAAAACGGAUAAGAAAUUGGAGUCCAGCAAAAAAAGGUACAGUUCCUCACCAGAACCAAAGGGGCGCCAAAAUAGAUGCUCUCCUGAACAAGAAAAGAUAUACAAGACAUCCGGACGUACAGAGCCCCUAAAUAACAAGAGUGCAGGAGGGCGAAGUCCAUCAGCCUCUCCCGUCUCACAGACAUCACGUAGAAGCAGGUUGACAGAAGAAUCUUCACCUAUUCGUAGCAGAGGUGGAGAGAUCAAUAGGUCUAGAGCCCCACUGGCCAAGAAGUCUAAUCUUUCUCCUGAGCGUAGACCAGGAUCUAAAGAGUCGGCCAAAAUUUCCCAUACAAGGUCAUCUGCAUCUCCAUUGCAGAGUCGUUCCAUGGAGGGUAAAUAUGGAUCAUCUCGAAAAGAUGAGUCAAGACCCAUUCUUGACAAAUUAAAAACUUCUGGUAAUAAAUAUAGGUCAGAGUCCUCUUCAGAACGUGAAUCCCGGCCAAAAUCCAAACUCCAGUCUUCAGAAGACAGGAAAGGUUCGACGCGUGCUUUAGGUAAAAAUAGAUCUCGUUCUUCAUCAGAAAGUGAAGAUGGCUCUUCCAGUUCACACAGCAAAGAAGGGUCUGGUUCAUCAACAGAACGUGAAUACAGAGCUAAACUGUUGUCAAAGAGCACUGAAUCAAGAGUUCAGUCAGAACAUGACACUAAAGGACUUAAACCAGGGACAAAGCGUUCAUCCACUUUGGAACUCAAAGCAAAAUCAUUACAGAGCAGAAGUAGAUCUGACUCCUUAUCAGAACGUGAAGAGAAGUCCAAAGCUAGGCCUAAGUCUUCAAAUCAGCCAAUCUCUAAAUAUAGGGAAAGAUGUGAGGCGUCUCCAGAUGGUACAGUUAAAUCUAUUCUGCCUGCUAAUAGACCCUUAUCAGAAAAUGAGCAGAGAUCGAGGUCAGCAAAAUCUAAGUCCAGUUCAGAGUCUUCUCCAGACAGAGGGCCUAGAAACAAAAUGGCAAAAUCCCAAACGGGUUCAGACAGUCAACAAAAAAUUAGGAGGCAAUCAACCAGAUCAAGUUCGGGAUCUUCUUCAGAGAGAGGGUCAAGAAGCAGACCUGAACCAAAAAGAACCAGCUCCAGGUCGUCAUCUGAACGACUACCAAGACGACGAUCAAGGGGUACUGAGAGUUCCUCUUCAGACCGCUCAGCUAAGUUUGACGUAGGUAGGCAAAGGCAUAGUUCAGGCUCAUCAUCUGAAAGGCCCCCCAAGAGUAAGCCACUUCAUGGUGGAGCUGUUUCUGGAACAUCUUACCAACAUCCUGCAAGAUCUGAUUCUUAUUCCUCUUCAGGUUCAAAAUCCAAUCUAAAAUCUUCUCACAGUAAUAAAGAGGUCUCUCGUUUAUCUAAACAUGAUUCAGCAUCCCCUCAGAUUAGAGAAAGGUCCAGAUCAUCAGACCACCCAAGAAAAGCCAAUUCUAAGUCCUCAGUAACUGAGUUAAGAGAGAGAUCUCACAAACGUACCUCUAGCUCUGAUUCUUCAUCUGAACGAGACACUAAACCCAGGUCGCCUCAGAAAAAAUCUCAUUCAGGAUCCCCUGAAAUUUGUGCAUCAAGGACACCACCAUACAAAUCACGAUCCUCUGAAAACAAGAGUAUAAUUCACGGUCUCCAUCUUCCAGAAACGAAGGGAAGUCUUUGGAUGCCUCUGCUGGUGGACCUUUGUCUCCAGCAUUUUCAAAGUCCUCAAUUACACAGCGACUUCAGGUACAACCAGAACCUUCUCCAAAGAAGCAAGAAGAGAUGGACAUUUCUCCUACUAGAGAUGAAUCCUCUUCAGAUAAAAGAUCUUGUUCAAAAAGCAACACCUCCUCUGAUAGUGAGAAUUUCUCAAGAUGAGGUAUCAAAGAUUGCAACUGAAGUUGCAAAUAAAUCUGAACUGGAACCAGACCAUAGUACAAUUUCCAGCAAAGCAAGUCCAGAGCAAAGGGAGGAAUGUUCAGUUACAUCCCCUAUUUUAGAUGUAAAUGGAACAGAGUCAAGGCUGAGCAGGGAUAGGCUGAUCCAUGAACCUGUCAAGGACUCUGUGUCCUCCCCAGUUCCAGCAGUUCUUGAAAUGCCUGUGAAAGGGCCCAUUUCAUCUGACCAUGAUAUUUCCAGGAAUGAAGUUCCACUGAUGGAUGACUCAUCCCCAGUCCGAGAUAUGGCAAAGAAAAGAUCUGACAGAAAAAAAUCCAGUUCAUCCUCAUCUUCAUCCUCCUCAUCUUCAUCCUCUGCCUCCUCUUCCUCCUCAUCAUCCUCAUCGUCGUCCUCUUCCUCCUCCUCAUCUUCGUCUUCUGAAGAGGAUGAUGAACCAAGUUCUUCGCCUGUAAAGAAGGCAACAUCUCCUCCCUCUAAAAGACUAAGGAUUAGCCAUGAUUCUCCUGCAACCAGUUAUUCCCCAGAACAAAAAUCUGUUGAAGAUGCAGUUUGUGACAAACCAUUAGAGUCAGCUGCUGAAAAACAUUUAGAUGCUGAUCUGUGCAACCAAACUAAAUCUCCAUCUGCAGAAGUCAAUCUGGAUGAUCAUCAAGGUAGUCACAACUCCCCCGUCCACUGUUUGGAGAUGUCCUCCUUGGUAAAAGAGAGCGCAUCCCUUGAGAUUCAGAUGAUUGCAUCAAAUUCUGAGACUGUUCCUCAUGCUUAUGUUGAGUAUCCCAUUUCUGCUGCAGACAGUAAAGCCACUGCAGACAAGUUGCAUGCCUCACCACCACCGACCAGUCCUGUUUCUCAACCAAGUGAAGUCAGAACACCUGCAGAUAUUACAUAUAAAGGUGAACCUUCUCCAAAGCAGACAAGUCCUCAGCCACCUCUUUUAGAUGGAGCUGAUUUUUCAAAUGCUCAGACUGAUUCACUUCAUGGCCAGAUGGACUCCAUGACAACUGCACAUGAUGAACAAAGUACUGGUAGAGUAUCGGUAACUCCUCAGACAAAUAAAAGCCCCAAGUCCCGUAGUUCCUCAAAGUCUAGUAGCUCUGAUUCAUCUUCUGAAGACAGCAGCUCUGAUUCUUCAAGUGAGAACAGCUCUUCAGAAGAGCAUUCUACAUCUGAUCGAUCAAAACCCUCUGAAAAGGUCACCAAGCCAGAUCCUCCACCUAUACGGCGUAUUGCAUCGCCAGCUAAAAGGGAGCUGUCUCCGGAGUCACCAAAGCGUGAAACAAGGAAAUGGACAGACAAAGAGAAACGUAGCCAUUCCCAUUCCUCUUCUAGAUCACCAGUAAGCAGGGAAAUACAUCCACAGAAAAGGCGAUCGCCUUCAAGGUCACCAUCCAGAAAAAGAAUGUCCAAGACACCACCACGACGACAAGUAAGGACGCCACCUCGAGCAUUUAGAUCACGUUCACGGUCAAGGACGGACAGAUACCCAUUUAGAAAUCGCUCAAGAUCCUCUUCCAGGCGGUCGCCAUCGUGGCAUGAGCAUAGAAGAUGGGUUCGUCGCCGGUCCCCUUCAUCUCCUAGACAAGGCCAUUCUGGGUCUCGAUCACGAGUUUGGCGUUCUCGUCGUGGUCGUUCUGGGUCACCUCCUUGGAGAGGCCGGUCAAGAUCGUUAUCAAGACCAGAUUCUUCUCGGUAUUCCCGCCAUGGAAAUUCUAGACUUUCUCCUAGAAGAAGAUCAAGAUCGCCACACCGACGAGAGAGACCUUACUAUCAGAGGGGAAAGAUCUAGUUCCUCAACUAGAAGAAGGAGACCUUGGAGCCCACAGAGGAGAUCCAGGUCACCUGAAAGACGAGCAAGGUCCCGAUCUUCUGAUAGGUAUAGGAGUGCACAAAUCACCAGAGGGGCUAGACGCGGCCGUUCACCAUCACCACCUGGUCGAGAAAGGACUCGCUUGUCAGGCGGGCGAGGACGCUCCAGGUCCCCAAGGACAGAUAAAUCAGAUUUACGGCACAAAAGUCCACGGUCACCAGCAAAAUCCUCCAGUCCUGUCACUAAAUCUCAUCCUACCUCUCCAGCAAGGUCCAGCAAUGUUCAGUCUCAUAUAAAUAAUUCUCAGAGAUCACCAUCUCCUCCACAGUUGGAGAAGCAUGCUGUGAGGUUGCAAAAAAGCCCAGUGCUUGGAGAGCCAAACGUCCAAGACCAAGCACUUUCUGCUAGCAAGGGAGAGUCUUCUUCAGCAAGCCUUAGUUCUUCUUUUCCCCGGACAGCACUGGAUGAAUGUAGCAGGUCUCCUCCAAGGCUUCUGAAAGCAAAUGAUGCUCCAGAUACUCCUCCAUCUUCCAGAAGUGGAGAGAACAAUUCUGAAAUGGAAUCAAAGAUUGCGGACAACCAAAAAUUAGAAUCAGAAAACAUAACUUGUGCUACUGUGGUAAAUUUGGAAGGCGAGAAGGCCCCCCAUUCACCGAGUCACGCUAAUGGAUCCACAGAACAAGAUAGACCAAGUCUGAUGUCUCCAACGCAGCAGAAGAGGCGGGAGAGAUCCUCUAAGAGUCCUUCAGCUUUGCGGUCAGAGCCAGAAGCCAGUUCCUCAAAGGCUGCCCCAGUUUCUUUGGAUGCAGAAAGGGUCCCCAGCCCACCACCAGCAGAACCCAAGACACUGGAAGAGGUCUCCGUGGCUAAAGGAGAACCCCGCCGAUCCCGAAGCUCCAGUUCUUCUUCCUCAUCCUCCUCAUCGUCAUCCUCCUCAUCGAGCUCUUCAUCGGGCUCAGGCUCUUCAUCUUCUUCCUCAUCCUCGUCCUCUUCCUCAUCUCCUAAAUCUGCAAAUAAAGCCGACAGCAAGAAGGGACCCUCGCCUGGGAGGAGGAGGUCUCGCAGUCCACGUAAACCCAUCGACUCGCUGAGGGAUUCUCGUUCCCUGAGUUAUUCUCCAGCUGAGAGACGCCGCCCCCCCUCCCUCCUCCACCCCGCAGAAGAGAACGAGAUUCCUGGAGGAAUCCAAUUCCCCCUGAGCGCAAGAGGCGGAGAGAUUCUCCAGGACCCCCCCGCUACUCCCACAGGAGGCCCUCCAGGU